UCUUGUAAAUAAUUGAAUACACAAUAAUGCGUCUCGGUUAAUGGAACAAGAGACGAUAUAAUAAAAUAAUACAGAAAGGAUAAUUUGGUAAAUUUAACACAUAGACAACCAUGGUGAAUAGAUAAUAUAUAGUUAAUUAAAUGGACUUGCAUAUCAAGAUUGAAAGGAUAUUCUUCUCAGGUUUGUGGUUUUCACAGAGCAGAUCGAAAUUUUUGCCGUUGAAUCAAUCAAGAAGAUAGGUUGAGUUAAGAUCCUAAACCAUAGAAUAAUUUGCAGGCUAUACAAAGGUAGAGAGACAUUAUGAACACCCUCCGGUCGUUUUGGAACAGUCCAAUUGGUCCUAAAACCACUCAUUUCUGGGGUCCUACCUUCAACUGGAGUCUUCCUAUUGCCGCUGUAAUGGAUACUCAGAAACCACCAGAAAAGAUAUCUGGCAAUAUGACUACAGUAAUGUGUCUUUAUUCGGGAAUAUUUAUGCGGUUUGCUUGGGUGGUGAAACCGCGGAAUAUACAUCUUCUCGUAUGUCAUAUGUCUAAUGAGACAGUACAAUUGUAUCAACUCUCAAGGUGGAUCAGAUCUCAAAGUGGCACUGAGGUGAAGGAAGAGAAAGCAGAAGAGUAAAACCCAGGUUCCAAGUGUAGGCAAAAUAAGUCUUAUGUUACUUGUCAUUCAUUGUUUACUCUUGUAGUUUAAUGUGAUUUGUGGGUUAUAUUAGUCACAUUUCAAAUGAUAUUAUGUUUAAACUUUUUUUUAAAGUAUUUAUCAUAUCAUGUGAUUCAAAAUCA